AAAGGACCGAACAGGCAGAGCUCAGAGGGAAGUGGGCUCCUGACUGCAAGAGGAGGAGAGGAGGGAAGGCUACCCCAGUUGGCUGAAGAUGUUGAGUGAAGACUCAGUAAGAAUGAAAAGGUUGAGGAAUGGAGUUUUGUGGACGUGUGUGCUCCUGGUGUUGUGUUCAGCUUGUUCUGGUACAGACAACAUAGACUCUGCACAAUGCAAUGUGGCCCCCGACAGUCGCUUUGACUGUGCUCCAGAGAAGGGAGUGAGUAAGGAGCAAUGUGAAGCUCGUGGCUGCCUCUACUCUCCUACAAACGAUUUACCCGGUAUUGGCCAACCCUGGUGCUUCUACCCACCCACCUACCCCUCGUACAAGAUGUCCAACCUGACCCACACAGAGACUGGGUACUCUGCCAUCCUUACCCGCUCUGUCGCCACCUUCAUGCCUCAUGACAUUAUGACCUUGGAACUGAAUGUGAUGUUUGAGACUGCGAGCCGGCUCCACUUUACUAUUAAGGAUCCGGCCAACAAACGCUACGAAGUUCCAAUCCCAACCCCCAAGGUCAGCGGGCAGGCUGCCUCCACGGAGUACGAUGUUCAGUUCAGUGCUGACCCAUUCGGUAUUGUCGUUAAGAGGAAGAGCAGUGGGCGGAUUCUUGUGAACACCACCGUGGCUCCCCUGCUGUUUGCUGAUCAGUUCCUGCAGAUCUCCACUUCUCUUCCCUCCAGCUAUUUGUACGGAUUGGGGGAACAUCUCACCUCCCUCAAUCUCGACCUCAAAUGGACUCGACUUACGUUCUGGAAUCGAGAUGUCAAUCCAAUGAGAGAUACAAACCUAUAUGGGUCUCAUCCAUUCUAUCUAUCAAUGGAGAAAGAUGGCUCCGCCCACGGCGUCUUUCUGCUUAACAGUAACGCUAUGGAUGUCCUGCUGCAGGAAGCUCCCGCUCUGACCUGGAGAACAACAGGAGGAAUUUUAGACUUUUAUGUUUUCUUGGGGCCUGAACCUAAAUCUGUCAUCAGACAGUACCACGAAGUCAUUGGUUUUCCUUUCAUGCCCCCUCUCUGGGGUCUGGGAUUCCAUCUGUGCCGCUGGGGUUAUUCUUCUUCCAAUAUGACAUUGGAAGUGGUGAAAAACAUGACAAAAGCCGGGUUUCCACUGGACGUCCAGUGGAAUGAUAUCGAUUACAUGGACCGUUACCGAGAUUUCACGUACGACAUGAAAAACUUUGCUGAUUAUCCGGAGAUGGUGAAGGAGUUACACGAACAAGGAAAGAGAUACAUUAUGAUCGUGGAUCCAGCAAUCAGUAGUACAUCCCCUCCUGGGACGUACCCGCCGUAUGACGAUGGACUGAAGAGAGGCGUGUUCAUCACCAAUGAGAGCGGGGAACCCCUUGUGGGCAAGGUGUGGCCAGGUUUCACCGUCUUCCCCGAUUUCACAAACCCUGAAACAUUCAAGUGGUGGCAUGAUCUGGUGCAGAGUUUCCAUGACAAGGUGCCUUUCGAUGGGAUGUGGAUUGACAUGAAUGAACCCUCCAAUUUUGUCCACGGCUCCCUUGAUGGCUGCCCCAAAAAUGAUCUAGAAAACCCUCCAUAUGUCCCAGGGGUGAUUGGGGGCUGUCUUCAAGCAGCGACCAUCUGUGCGUCUAGCAAACAGUACAUUUCCAGUCAUUACAAUCUCCACAACUUGUAUGGAUUCACUGAGGCUGUUGCAUCCCAUUUUGCCUUGAUGAGCGUUCGGAAGAAACGUCCCUUCAUUAUCUCCCGCUCUACAUUUGCCGGCCAUGGACGUUUUGCUGGUCACUGGACAGGAGAUGUGGGGAGUACAUGGGACCAGCUGUAUCACUCUGUGCCAGCUAUUCUUCUCUUUAAUAUGUAUGGGAUCCCCCUGGUGGGAGCAGAUAUUUGUGGAUUUGGGGGCAACACCACGGAAGAGCUUUGUGUGCGCUGGAGCCAGCUUGGAGCCUUUUACCCAUUCAUGAGAAACCACAACAAUCUGAACUCUCUGGCCCAGGAACCCUAUGUUUUCAGUGAACAAGCUCAAAGUGCCAUAAAGUCCGCAUUGCUCAUAAGAUACUCCCUCCUUCCAUAUCUUUACACUCUGUUCCACAAAGCACACAGCUCAGGGGAGACGGUGGCCAGAGCUCUUUUUAUAGAGUUUCCUUCUGACCCAAACACAUGGACAAUCGAUCGUCAGUUCCUUUGGGGAGAAGCUCUGCUCAUCACCCCUGUCCUGGAGGAAGGGAAGACACAAGUGAAUGGAUAUUUUCCAGCUGGGAUAUGGUACACCCCUGGAUUAGGCAAAGGAUUUGAAAGUAAGGGGCAGUGGAUCGAUCUCCCAGCCCGUCUGGAUGUGAUAAAUCUUCACUUUCGCGGAGGUUAUAUCUUACCUGUGCAGAAUCCAGGAUUGACGGCUGAGAAGACACGCGAGAGUGACCUGACACUGCUGGUGGCUCUGGAUUUAGAAGGAUUUGCCCGUGGAGACCUCUACUGGGACGAUGGAGACAGCUUGGAGACCUAUGAGAAGGGCGAUUAUACUCAAGUUAUCUUUCUGUCUACAAAUAAUGUUCUUUUGAGUGAGGUGAUCCAAAUAAACAGCGAGGCAGACACCCUGAUGCUGGGGUAUGUUAUAAUAUAUGGGGUAGCCAAUCCGCCAAAUAAAGUUCUAGUAAAUGGGGAGCCCUCCGAUAAUUUUUCCUACAGCCUGGACUCCAAGCUUCUGGUAAUCGGGCAUCUUUCUUUGCCAGUAGGACAGUCAUUUGUGAUUAAGUGGUCAUGAGAAAUUGAUUGCCUCUGGAAAUCUGUUCCAUUUAAUAUGAAAAGCUAGGCUUAAUGAAUGACAUUUGCUGGGGUGAAGAAAUUACUGGGAUUCUGAAGGUAUCAUUUAAAAAAAAAUAAUUUGAGCAUGCUGUGCACAUGCGAGCAGAUCGUCACUGUAACAUUUUACAUUACCGUUUGAUCCAAAGUGUCUUACAUUCACCCCUUAAUUAGUAAUCUAUUUUCGUGAGCUCUGUAUGGUUUUAGUUUACCUUCAUGAUAUUAAAUUGUAUUUAAUGCUUCCCAUUUUUACUGAUCUACCAACUGUGUGGACAUUGCUGGCGUUUGAGUUUUUGUUGUAUCUUUGAGGACAAACUUGAAAAGACAGAUCUUCAAGAAUAAAAACAAAGCUGACAUUUUGGACACGUCUCGACUUGGAAGAACAUGUUAUACAGAACGAAUGAGCUGGACUGCUUUAUCAAGAGUGAAUAAACUGGUUCUGUUUGUCAGGUGCACAGCACACUGCUUAUAUAUCUAUCAGAGCAAGAGGUAUUUGCUCCCACAUUCUACUAAUUAAAGGAACACAAACAGGUA